AUGAUGACUGACCAGAAUUCGGCGGUACUUGAAGUGUCUGUCGAAGAAAAAGGCGUUACUCCAACGCCUCAGACCCUUCUAAACGAUGCAUCUACGUUAGUGUCAUUUCCAACAAACACCAAUGACUUUCAACUCAAGUUGGACUUUCGACGUGACAUUCAAGUACGGGUUGACAAUCCACAAAAGAUUGUUGAACCGUUGGAGACUUACAUCACAUAUAGAGUAUCUACAAAGGCGGAUAGAACAGAUUAUCCACACAAGGAAUAUGUUAUUCGCCGGCGUUACAAUGAUUUUGUGUGGCUGAGACAAAACAUUGCUGUUGAAUAUCCUGAUCGAAUAGUGCCCCCUUUACCAGCAAAACACACAAUUCUUGGUCAGUUAGACAGGUAUUCAAAAGAAUUUGUCACUUGCCGUAUGGCAUUGUUGGAGCGGUUUCUGUCACGUUUAGUUUGCCAUCCUAUUCUCACAGAAGAUAAACAUCUCAGAGUUUUUUUGACUGCGAAUGCUACAGAGUUCACUACAUAUAAAAAACGUGGAACAGGACUACUAAGACGUAUGUCAAACAGCUUAAAUACCAUUUCUGUGUCAUAUAAUUCAAGGCAGGUAGAUUUUGAGUUUGAUCCCAUUAGAAAUCAUCUCCAUGGCCUAUCUGAGAAGUUAGCCAUGUUAGAAAAAGUAGCUCAGAGAAUCCACAAAGAAAGAAAAGAACUGUGUGUGGAAUCUCACCAACUUGGAGCAGCAUUUAUUGAAUGGUCUUCUAAUGAACAAUCUGUCUCUGUUGCACUAUCCCGCAUUGGCCAUACUAUCACUGCCAAUAGUUCGGCUUUACGUCAUAAUUUAAUAUCUAAUUUUAUAAGUGACUGGGCACAGCCACUGAAGGAUUAUGUUAGCUAUAUAGAAUGUGUCAGAGAAACACUAGGUAAAAGAGAUGCACUGCAAAUACAGUAUGAACAGUCUCUUAUGGAUUUGGAGAAGAAAAAGGCUGACAAAGAUAAGGUAACUAACGAUGAAAAGUCAUUAAUGUCAUUCUGGACGAAAUCAGAAAUGGAUAAAGAGGAAAAAAUAGAAAAGAUGAGUCAAGUUAUCCCAAAACUAGUGUCAGCUGUCGAAGCUAAUCAAGAACGGUUGGAUGUCUGUAGCGAUGUGUUCAGGCAAGAGUAUGGGUUAUGGAAGUGCCAAAAAAAAGCAGACUUCAAAAGUAUGCUAACUGCCUUAGCUGAAAGCCAUAUACAGUAUUAUCAACAUUGUGCUGCGUCUUGGGAUUUAGUCUUCAAACGCAUGGCGUCGGAAUAA